UUUCUUUUUUGCAUUGGCAGAUUCAGUUAGCUUCCCAGGAAAAUGCCACAUUAAUCCUGGCUGCGGAUAAUGCCAAACUGGCAGCUGAUGACUUUAAGCUAAAGUUUGAGAAUGAGCUGGCCAUGCGUCGGGCCAUUGAAGCCGACACCGCCAAUCUGAGGAAACUUCUGGAUGAGUUUAUCUUGAGACGGUCGGAUCUGGAGAUAGAGACUGAGGCUCUGAACGAAGAGCUCAUCAUACUGAAGAGAAACCACGAGGAGGAGAUGUCUCUGGCUAGUGCCGAGGCUGGAGGUCAGGUGAACGUUAGUGUGGAUGCAGCACCCUCUAUGGACCUGAACCAGGCCAUGACGGAGAUCAGACAACACUAUGAGGCUGUGACUGAGAAAAACCGUGAAGAGUUGGAGUCCUGGUAUGAGACCAAGAUGGCCACAGUGCAACAGGAGGUGGUCACACAAAAUGAAGAUCUUCAGAACAGCAGAACAGAGUUGAAGGAAUACACAAACACUUUACAAAGACUACAGAUUGAACUGCAGACCCAUCAGAGCAUGAGGUCAGCCCUUGACGGUGAACUGGAGGAAACACAGGCCCGUUAUGGGGACCAGUUGGCUAGGCUUCAGGCUACUGUUAGCAGCCUGGAGCACCAGCUUAGUCAAUUUCAUGCUAACAUUGGCAACAACAAGCGAGAGUAUGAAACGCUGCUGGACGUCAAGACCAGACUGGAGCUUGAGAUUGCAGAGUACAGGAGACUGCUGGAUGGAGAUGAGAGGAAGUCCCAAAAAAUUGUCACCAAAACAAUCACAGUGGUGGAAACCGUGGUGGAUGGGAGGAUCAUGGAGAGCAGCGAGAGUGUGGAUGUUAAUGAGCGAGAUAACUAAUCUGCUCAAAAACACACCACAUGUUUUACUCAUGCCUUCUGUAUUGCACACUUACACAGUUAAUGAAGUAAUUGGGAGUUUACAUUUAGUAGAUAUGAACAUGAUUAUCUGAAUGUGAAUUAGUUUUUGUUUUGUUUUUGUUUGUCUGAUUUCCAGCUCUCUGUUAAAUGACAAUCUCACGCCUGAUGUACUGCAAGCACAAAUGUCAAAAUGUAUCACCAACCUUUCAGAAACAAUGCUUUGAUAUUGACUUAAAACAGUAAACAGAUUUAACAUGA